AUAAAGUUUAUAAACAAAAAUUAAAAAAUGUGUUCUAUGAAACAAAUGCAGUAACUAAGACAGUUUUUAUUGAAGAAUAAAUACAUCUUUAUUGAUCAAACGACAAUUGUUCCUUGGUCCUGCCAUGAAUGCCACCUCGCCAAAGUCAUCUCUGGUCAAGUUGGGCCUUCAUACCAACAAACAAAAGACGCUCAAGGUUAUGGUUUUGGGCCAAAGUGGCGUGGGAAAAACGGCCAUGGUGGUGCGUUUUAUCACUCGUCGCUUCAUUGGGGAAUAUGAUCCCAAUCUGGAGAAGAUAUACACCUGCCAGACCACUCUGGACAAGGAACAAAUUCAGUUUGACAUCCUGGAUGCUACCGGCCAUUUACAAGAACUAGAUGGAGUCACUCUGGAGUCCAACAUCCGGUGGGCGGAUGCUUUUAUACUGAUGUACUCCAUUACGGAUAAGUGUUCCUUUGACGAGUGCAGUCGCCUCAAGUUCCUUAUUAAUUACAACAAACGAAGACGCAAGCUGGGCUCUGCCAGUAAAGACUGCACUUUGGAUAUUCCUGUCAUUCUGGUGGGAAAUAAAACAGAUCAGCCUGGUGACAGGAUGGUUACCUUGGAGGAGGGUCAGCGUCGCUUCAGGGAAUUGUCCUGCGCCUGUUUCCAUGAGAUUUCAGUCAGAGAGAAUGUGGACCAGGUCCAGAAUGUAUUUCGAGAUGUGUUCCGCUUCUGGCGUGUCUUCAGCAAAUUCCCCAAGCUCAAACGUUCCACCAGCGAUGUGGCCAACUCGGCGGACGGUAUCCUGACUCCGGAUUCGGGUUCCUGUUCCUUCUACGAUGCCUCCUCGCUGGGAGCCGGUCGUCGUUCCUUCCUAGUCAUCGGCAGUGCUUGUCUGGAGGAAAGCAGCGGUGACCACACCGAGUCCACGGAUGAGAUUGCCAGCAGUAGCUUGAGUAGUUCUCGCAGCGAUAUCGACGCCCCCUUCCGAAGUCGAGCCUCCACGGACGGAACUCUGCUCUCCAGGCCACGAAGAUGGCGAUAUCCACCGCCGGGAUGCCUCCUGCCGCACACCAACCGUGUGGAGCGGAGGAUGAGCAUUUCCACCAGGGGCAGCAAUGCCAGCUAUUAAUUGGGAUUUAGUCGGGGGUUGACGGGGAAGCCAAGAGCUUAGUUAGUCAAAAUGUAGUGACAAAUAUAUAGCUAGAUGUUAUGAUGGACUUGAAAGGAGUU